CACGGAUGAGAAAAAAAGACCAUUUGCAAUUCCGUUAUGGAGUUACGUAUUUGUUUCUAUUUUUCUAAUAGAAAUAACCAUAAUUUAAAAUUUUUGUCCAGACCGAUAGUAUCGGACGCGUUAGAACACAGCACGGAAAACACUUGCAGGACAUCAAAAAUUAUACAAAUUUUGAUGGAGAAAAAGAGUCAAUGCAGUUCUUAAAAAAGAAUAUGCAAAUAACUUUUAUCAGCUUUACUAACUGAUCCCUAUUUAGAAACUUUUAAAACCUGAUAAAAAUAGCUAAGGAUUAGGCAGUUUUUUAUCUAACCCUGGGAAUGACUGGGAUUGAAACGUUUUGGAGCAGGGGGCGAUAUUGUUUACUUUAUGCGGCUAACUGUUAUCACAUUUAAACACCAUGAACUUUGAUCAUGUAAAUAUACCAAAAAAACUGGUGCCGGACAAUUAUUUGCAGUUAGGACUGGCAGCCCAACACAGCAAGCAGCGCAAUUUUAAGGAGCUUCUCGAGAAGCGAAAACUACCGGAAAACGGCUGGUCCGAUGAGUGGAUUGAGGAGCUAGUUCACCAAUUGGCGUCCUUGGACAGCAACAACUUCCCGCACAAGGUUGGGCUGGGAGAACGGGAGGCAAGAAUCGCCUGCAAACUCGUUGCCCGGCGGCACUAUAAUUUUGGGCACGGAAUAGGCCGCUCUGGAGACUUACUGGAGGCGCAGCCUAAGGCAGCUGGUUCCACUCUACUCUCCCGCCUUACGAAUGCUCUGAUUCUCGAUCUUGUGCGGGGAAUCGGGCUGAACAGCUGCGCCGGCUGUUUCUUGGUGCCGAUGUGCACCGGAAUGACUUUAACUUUGUGCCUGCAGAGCCUUCGCAAGCGGCGCCCUGGGGCAAAGUAUGUCCUUUGGUCCCGGAUCGAUCAGAAAUCAUGCUUUAAGGCCAUCACAGCGGCCGGCUUGGAGCCCGUAAUCAUUCCCUGCCAGGUUCAGGGAGACUCUCUGCACACCGACAUUGGCGCCUUCCAGGACAAGAUCGAAGCAUUAGGAGUCGAGAGCAUUCUUUGCUUGUACACCACUACGAGUUGCUUCGCACCUCGCAACGGAGAUGACAUUUUAAAUAUAUCCAAGUUGUCAAACCAGUGGCAGCUUCCCCACUUGGUUAACAACGCUUACGGACUACAGUCGGUGGAUAUCGUUCGUCAGUUGGAGUUAGCCAAUCGAGUCGGACGCAUUGAUUACUUUGUCCAGAGCAGCGACAAGAAUCUAAUGGUGCCUGUGGGCGGUGCCAUUGUGGCCAGCUUUAAGGAGAGUCUAUUGCAUGAUGUGGCCAGCAGUUAUGCGGGGCGGGCCAGUGGAUCCCAGUCCCUGGACGUAUUUAUGACGCUGCUCUCGCUGGGACGCAGCGGCUUCCAGUCGCUUAUCCAACAGCGGUGCGAGAACUUCAUCUACCUAAGGGAUAACCUAAAGAAAUUCGCAGAGAGUCGUGGCGAAGUGGUUAUAGAAAGCAAGGAUAAUUUCAUAUCCCUGGCAAUAACCUUAGGUACUAUUCCUGCUGAUCAGGACGACCGAAUUACCCAGAUGGGAUCUAUGUUGCACAUGCGAGGAGUUUCUGGCGCAAGAGUGGUGGUUCCUGGGCACACAAAAACCAUUGAUGGACAUCAGUUUGCGGAUUUUGGUUCGCAUCGAAACGACCUUAAAGUGCCUUAUCUAACUGUGGCGUCUGCCAUCGGGAUAAGUCGAGGAGAGAUCGACAGAUUCUUUGAUAUAUUUGGAAAGUGCUGGCAGCAGCUUAAUCCAACAAAAAACUUAAGCUAAACAUAAAACCCUUAAAAGUCUAUAAAAUAAAAUAUAACUUUCAAUUCUGUACAUAAACAAAAAAAAAACCAUUAAAAUAUGAAUAGCGAUUGCUGUUUCCACUUGUUAUAUUAUACAUUAUCGGGAUCUUUAAAUCACUUUAAAAUGGAUCGUAUAAUGUGAAAUAAUUAUAAUAUUACUGGCAAUCUUAUGCAUGUUAAUCAGUCCGAAAUUAGGAAUGUUAAGUGAUAUUUAUUUUGUAAAACAAAUUGACGUGCAUGCAAUUACUAAAAUUUAAUAACAACACAAAAAUAACUUA